AUGUGGAGGGCAGGUUAUUCUCAGAGUUUGAGGGUGCCAAAGGAAAUAGCAGCCAGACUUUGCUCCAACAAACCUCCUGGACCUCCGAGCCCCGUCUCCUCUCAACUAACCUCCUCUCCUCGGCCAAAAGCUGAGAAACAGAGGCGCAAACGAGAGAGGGAAAAGGCCAUACAGUCUAAACAACAGGAUAGUGUUGAAGAUCAAACGUUGAACUGGAGCGAGAAGCCAAAGAUCGUUUACUCGGCUCACACACCACCAGGGAUGAAAAAAGAUACUACGUUGCCGUUCCCAUCUUCUUACAGUCCAGAGUAUGUGGAGUCCUGCUGGUAUCAGUGGUGGGAAAAAGAAGGCUUCUUCAGUCCUGAAAUACAUGAGAGGUUGUCUCAUCGUGUGGAUCGAACCUUUUCUCUUUGUAUCCCUCCACCCAAUGUGACGGGAACGCUGCAUGUGGGCCACGCUUUGACCGUAGCUGUACAGGAUGCUCUGGUUCGAUGGAAAAGGAUGCAGGGCUACAGAGUUCUUUGGGUCCCCGGAUGUGACCAUGCAGGUAUCGCAACCCAGACGGUUGUGGAGAGGAGACUUUUAAGAGGAACGGGGAAACGAAGACAAGACUUCACCAGACAAGAAUUUUUACAGGAAGUGUGGAAAUGGAAGAACGAAAAAGGAGAGGAGAUCUACCACCAGCUGAGGAGACUUGGAGCUUCUCUGGACUGGAGCAGAGCCUGUUUUACGAUGGAUCCAGCUUUCAGCCGGGCUGUGACUGCAGCGUUCGUCAGGCUCUGUGACUCGGGUCUGAUCUACCGCUCGGAGGGUUUGGUUAACUGGAGCUGUGCUCUUCAGUCUGCCAUCUCUGACAUUGAGGUUGACUCAGUAGAGCUUCCAGGGCGGACCAUGAUGUCUGUUCCAGGGUAUGAAGACCAGGUGGAGUUUGGAACCAUGUAUACUUUUGCAUACCCUGUAGAAGGUCAUGAUGGACGGGUGGCCGUGUCCACCACCCGUCCUGAGACCAUCCUGGGAGAUGUUGCUGUAGUUGUUCACCCGGAUGAUCCUCGAUACCAGACGUUCCAUGGGCGACAGUGCAGACAUCCCUUCUCCAACAGACUGAUCCCGGUCAUCACUGAUGCUCUGGUGGACAUGGACCUGGGAACUGGUGCGAUGAAGGUGACUCCUGCUCACGACCACACUGACCUCCUCCUGUCCAGGAAACACUCCCUGCCCCACAUCUGUGUGAUCGGAGGAGACGGUACAAUGACACCAUCCUGUGGACAGUGGCUGGAGGGAAAGAAGCGUUUUGAUGCUAGGCAGCUUGUCCUGGAUGCUCUGGCUGAGAAGAAACUGUUCCUGGGAAAGCAGAACCACCCAAUGACUUUACCAGUCUGCAGCCGCUCAGGUGACAUCAUUGAACCUCUUCUAAAGAAGCAGUGGUUUGUUAGCUGUGACAAAAUGGCUGCCAAAGCUAUUCAGGCUGUGGAGGAAGGACAGCUGGAAAUCAUUCCUCAGCAUUACACAAAGACAUGGAAGAACUGGAUGUCCAGCAUCAGUGAUUGGUGCGUAUCCAGGCAGCUUUGGUGGGGUCAUCGGAUCCCUGCUUAUCAAGUUCAGCUCCCUGACGCUACAGCUGAUCCAGAGGAGCGGUGGGUCUGGGGCCAAAGUGUGGAAGAAGCCCGACAGAAAGCUGCUGUGAAAUAUGGAGUGAAACCAGAAGACAUUACUUUGAAACAGGACCCAGAUGUUCUGGAUACAUGGUUCUCCUCAGGGCUGUUUCCGUUUGCUAUGCUUGGCUGGCCAGAACAGACCUCUGACCUGCAGCGCUUCUACCCCAACUCUGUUCUGGAGACCGGCAGUGACCUCAUCUUCUUCUGGGUUGCCAGGAUGGUGAUGCUGGGAACAGAGCUGACGGGACAGUUGCCCUUUAAACAGGUUCUGCUUCACUCUCUCGUGCGAGAUAAAUAUGGCCGGAAGAUGAGUAAAUCUCUGGGAAAUGUCAUUGACCCAUUAGACAUGAUCCAUGGAGUUUCUCUCCAGGUGUCACUGGGAGCUCAGCUGCACUCCCUCCUCGGUUGGACUGCUGCAGAACGUGACAUCAGUUUGUCAGUCUCUCAAGUCCUGAGUUUCAGACAUUUCUGUAAUAAAAUGUGGCAGACACUGAGGUUCACUCUGGGAGUCCUUGGUGACGAGAAUGCACCCCCACUGGGAACCAUCGAAGAGACGAUCCCAGUGGGCAGCAUGGAGCGGUGGAUCUGCUCUCGUCUCUACAGCACAGUCUUGCAGUGUGAGCAGGCGUUUGAAGCUUACGAGCUGCAGGUUGUCACGUCUGCCCUGCACUCCUUCUGGGUCCACAGCCUGUGUGACGUCUACAUCGAAUAUGUAAAGCCUGUGCUGCUGAGGAAGGAUGCGGGGGCCGAGGUCCAGGCUGACACAGAUUACAGCGACGCCUCGAGGCAGGUGACCAGGACUGUCCUCUAUCACUGUGUGUCUCUGUCCCUGUCCCUGCUGUCCCCCUUCAUGCCCUUCAUCACGGAGGAGCUGUGGCAGCGACUCCAGCCUCUCAGACCUGGACCUCCUGGAGCUCUGACUCAGACCAGCCUGUGUUUACAGCCCUACCCCCGAUCCACACACCUGGCUCACUGGUUUUUCCCCGAGGAGGAAAAAGACUUCCUGAUGGUUCAGGAAGUGAUUCGGGUGGCUCGCUCACUGCAAGCUCAGUGGGGCCUAAUCAAAGAAAAGCCUGUCAUGUGGGCAGUGUGCUCGCCCAGUCAGGCCCAGGCUCUCCUUCACUUCAGGUCAGCAGUUUGGACUUUAGGCCGGAUCUCCAGCCUCCACCUCUACUGCCCUGAUAGUCCAGAUUGGCUCCCAUCGGUCCAGUCCACCCCUCCACCUAAAGACUGUGUCAUUGGUGUGGUGGAUCACACGUGCCAGCUGCAUCUUUACAGCCAAGGUGGAGUGAACGUUGAGAAACAAAUCCUGCAGCUUUCGCAGCGGAGAGACAAGCUGGUCCCAAAACUGGAAAAAAUCCUGCGCAGACUUCAGGGUUCUGAUGUGGUGGACAGUGUUCCUGUCCAGAACAAGCAGCAGAUAGAGACCCAGGUUUCAGCGUUGAAGCAGGAGCUGAAAAUCAUCGAGGAUCAGCUGAAGGUCUUGAAAGGGACACGGUCAACAGGAUAACCACAGCUGAAGCGGUGCAGGCCUCAAGACUGAUGAACUUGUUGAAUUCUUUCUGGUGCUGAUUAAGUAAAACGUUGGUCUUCAGCUUGACCUGAGAGGAUGCAGAACAUGUGCCUGAUGUUUGCAUGAUGUCCUACCGGCAGAAGGUCUUCAAGAACUGCACAGAUAAAUCAUUUGUCCUCCAGGGGGAGUUGU